CUAUUUAUAAAAGCUCAGCGGUGGGGAUGGUUAAAGCAGAUUGACGUGAAUCAUUUCACAUUGCAAGUCUUUCCUGAAUACAAACACUUUAGCCUCUUGGUCCCACAAGAUUGUUCGGCAGUACAACGUGGAUUCGAACCUACAGUUCUUAUCAUGUCAAUUCCAUACAGUAUACUACGUAACCGGUAUAACUAUAGGAAAGAACGCAGCAUUGAAACUAACACAGAGGACGAUAAAAGAGCACCAAUACCACCUCCUAUACCUGCAGACGUCCUACAGGUGGUGAGCGUGGACCUGCAGGUGCCUGCCAACUGCAAGAAACACAACACCCACAGGUACGACCUGUGUAGAGCCAAGGACAACCCCAAGCUGGUUGUCAGACGAGGACAACCCUUCACCAUCCAGGUUGAGUUCACCAAAGAGUAUGACGCCAACACUGACGAUCUACGCAUCGCUUUUGAAGCAGGUGAUCUGCCCUUGGAGAGUAAAGGCACCAACAUACACCUCACCCUUUCGGAUGAGGACAGACCCAAGGAGUGGGGGGCCAAGAUCGUCUCUCAACAGGGCAACCAAGUGACCAUUGAAGUUUACACCCCGCCCACCUGCUACAUCGGCCAGUGGAACCUGAAGAUUGACGUGGUCAAGAAACUGGACACCAACGUCAACGUUUACAGAUACCAACACGCGGACCCCAUUUACAUCCUCUUUAACCCCUGGUGUAAAGAUGAUUCUGUAUAUAUGGAGGACGCCACACUACUGAAGGAAUACGUCAUGAACGAGACGGGAAAGAUCUACAUCGGCACCAAGAACUCCAUCACUGAAAAACCCUGGAAUUUCGCUCAGUUUGAGACUUGUAUCCUUGAUGUCGCUUUGUAUCUUAUAGAUGUCGCUAACAUCAGCUGGUCAGUUCGGGGAAACCCCGUACCUAUUGUUAGAAAGCUCUCAGCUAUGGUGAACUCGGUCGAUGAUGACGGUGUUGUCAUGGGCGGCUGGUCAGGGAAAUACGCUGAUGGGAGACCACCCAAUUCUUGGACCGGCUCGGCGACCAUUUUGGAGGUGUACUGGAGCACCAAGCGGCCGGUCAAGUACGGCCAGUGCUGGGUGUUUUCUGGCAUCGCCACCACAAUCUGUCGGGCUCUGGGUAUCCCCACACGGUGUGUGACCAACUACUUAUCUGCCCACGAUACUGACGGCUCUAUCACUGUUGACGUCCACUUCACAGCAGACGGGCAGAGGGACAAGAACUCCAACAAAGAUUCCAUCUGGAACUUCCACGUGUGGAACGAGGUGUGGAUGUCAAGGCCAGACCUCCCCAGCGGCUACGGUGGGUGGCAGGUGAUCGACGCCACCCCCCAGGAAGCCUCCGACAAUAUCUACUGUUGUGGACCAACUUCCGUCACGGCCAUCGCACAAGGGGAGGUAAAUCUUCCCUAUGACGGCCCUUUUGUGUUCUCUGAAGUCAACGCCGAUUGCCUUUACUGGGUGCCCAAUGAGUUAGGGCACAUGGAAGUCAGCCAAGUUGAUAGAAAGACAAUUGGGAAAAACAUCAGCACAAAGGCCGCUAACUCUGAUGCUAGAGAAGAUAUUACUAAGGCGUAUAAACCAGAUGAAGACAAGUCUUCUGAAAGAGCCGCUGUGUUGAGGGCCAUUUCAGUUGGAUCAAGCAAACAGAACUUGUACAAGCAGAGAUCGAAUGAUAUCGAGUUCAACAUUGACCAAAUCGAAGAGGAAAACAUCUUGGGGGGAACAUUUCAACUGACCUUACGUAUGAGAAACCGGGGAACAUCCAAGCGGUCAGUGAGUGGUCGAAUUGAAGUGAGGACCAUGUUCUAUACAGGGGUAGUGGCUGACCUGGUCAAGACUACAGACUUCACGAAAAAGGUCAUCAAACCAGGGGAAGAAAAAUCACAAACGAUUGUGGCAACCCAGGCCGACUACGACACCAAACUCAAAGAUGGCUGCAUGCUUGACGUCACGGUGUGGGCGGUGGUCGAGGAGACUGACCAGUACUUCACCAAGAAAGAUGACUUUAGACUUCGUAAGCCGCAUCUUUCAGUCAAGGCUCCAACAGAGUCCACGAUUGGUCGAGAGUUUCACGUCCAAAUCUCGUUCGUCAACCCGCUCAACCGUGAGCUGACCGGAUGUUACGUAGCCGUGGAUGGUUUGACGCAUGCGCUGAACUUCCCACAAGACAACGUUCCGGCAAACGGCACUUUCCUGGCCACACUUCCGGUGACGCCCACCAAGUCGGGCAAGACAGAGCUCAUCAUCGUCUUCAACUCCAACGAGCUUGAUGACGUCAAUGUGGCACAUCACGUGACUGUCAAGAAAGCCUAGAGCCGUGACGUCACCAGGCU